CUACGCGUUCGCGCGUCCUUAGCUCUCAGAUCGGAAUAGGAUCUCCUCGCAAACGACUCGCCCGGGGAGUCCAGCUCUGCCUCCUCUUUCUCGAUGUUCUCGACGAUCCGAUUCGUCUCGCUUUGGAAAUAAAAGUCUCGCUGUCUAGACAAACGGCGGCUGAUGUCGAUCACUCGACUCGCUAGGCACGCGGCUUGAUUCGGCGACGGGAGAUGCUGCAGACGCUUCCUCAGAUCGGAAGGGGAACUCUCGUCGGAACUGGUGUCGCCUCGCGGGUUAUCUUCGUCCUCGUUGAACGAACGAUCUGCACCAUCAGGGUUACGUCCACUGUUUAUUCGUCGGGUUAAUCGUUAAAACGAGCGGCCUCUCUUUCAAAUCGCUCCUGUUCGAAUUCCGUCUUAAAAUUGGCAAGUUCGUACCGUACCGUCGUCGGAAAGCAAUAUGCCAUCGUUUUGUACAACAUAAAAUAUAGAAUGAUCGGAUUCGAUUCGGAUAUGAUACGAGAGGAAAAUGAAGGGGAGAUUAGGUUUGAAAGAUCGUCGUACCAGCGGAAGAUGACAAGGGGCUGGGCGUUUUCACUUCUGCGUUCUCUAAAAUUUCGUCGUCGUCGCCGUCGUUUAACAUAUCGAGUCCAUGGGAAAUGUGUCGCUGAUAUUCUAUCCACGGAUCUGCGACGGGAGGUUAAUCAGAAACGUUUAAAUCGAUCUGCGGUCAGCGUGACACGGAAAACAAGAGAAUGCACGGUUCCGCUUAGGUACACGAAACAACUGGAUUGUCACCUGGCACCUGUUCGAUUUCGAAUCCGCUGGGAUUUAGGCAACAUAUUUUUAGACAGCGACAAAUUUUCCUGGUUUCUGGCGAAACCAGGAAAAUUACACUUUAUCCUCAUGGAUGUUAUUUUACUCGUUGCGGGUUUUGCGGUUGUUGGAGAACGUCGGUCAGACUGUAUAUAAAGCGGAGCUGGCUACGGUCAUUAUCCUUACUGUCGAGACGUUGACGUUCGCUCUUGGACAUUCCACCGCGUAUCAUACGCAACCGUUUGCGUGUUUUAUAAUCGAUUUAAAAAUGACAGACAAGUCGAAUAUUCUGUAUCUGUUCGAUCGGCCAUCCGAACCAAUUUACGUUCCCAAGGGGAACGAGAAAGUCUCUUUCGAUAUUCCACCCAACUACCUGCCCGAGCAGUACCGAAAUGUCGCUGUUCAAGUGCUGAAUCGGUUUGGCGACGAAGCAGAGACGAAGAUUCCGGUGAAACAGAUAUCUCUUCCGGAUCUGAGCGUUCCGAUGCAACUGGGACGUCGUCAGCCCUUCUCGUUGUUCAUUCCGGCCCAUCGGAAGAUGGCUGGUCGGUUGAUCGACAUCUUUUUGGGUAUGCGAACGUACGAAGACUUCCUGUCGGUUUCGGUGUACUGCCGCGAUCGUGUGAACCCAGAUAUGUUCAUCUAUGCUUUGUCGGUGGCGAUCCUUCAUCGUCCCGAUACGAAAGAUCUGCCGAUACCGCCACUGAACGAAGUGUUUCCGGACAAGUAUGUGGACAGCGGAGUAUUUUCGAGGGCGCGGGAGGAAGCCAACAUCGUGCCCGCGGGUUCUCGGAUACCGAUCGAGAUCCCGAGAGAUUAUACUGCGUCGGACUUGGACGAAGAACACCGUAUCGCUUACUGGAGAGAAGACAUCGGCGUGAAUCUUCAUCACUGGCAUUGGCACCUGGUGUAUCCCUUCGAGGGAGACAUCAGGAUCGUUAACAAAGAUCGCCGCGGAGAGAUCUUUUACUAUUCGCAUCAACAGAUCAUCGCGAGAUACAAUUGCGAACGUCUAUGCAACAAACUCCCGCGAGUGAAGCGUUUCAUCAACUGGCGCGAGCCGAUCCCGGAAGCUUAUUUCCCGAAACUGGACUCUCUGGUCGCCAGCCGCACGUGGCCGGCUCGGCACGGCGGUGCCGUCCUCAAGGACGUCAACCGACCUGCGGACGACCUGAACUUCGACAUCCAGGAUAUGGAAAGAUGGCGCGAUCGCAUCUACGAAGCGAUCCACACAGGAUCCGUGAUGAACGCGAGAGGAGAAAGAAUUCUGCUGACCGAGAAGGAUGGCAUCGAUGUGCUCGGAAACAUCCUCGAGGCCAGCAUUCUCUCCGUCAAUCGAAACAUAUACGGGGAUUUGCACAAUUUCGGCCACAUCGCCAUUUCCUUCGUGCACGAUCCGGAUCAUCGUUAUUUGGAAAAUUUCGCUAUUAUGGGUGAUACUGCGAUCAACAUGCGGGACCCUAUAUUCUAUCGAUGGCACGCGUUCGUCGACGACGUUUUCCAGGAACACAAAAACACGUUACCUCCCUAUUCCGUUGCACAGUUGGACUACCCAGGCGUCGAGAUAACCGACGUGAAGCUGACGUCGUCGCGUAACCGACAGCAACGCAACGUUCUCGAGACUUUCUGGACGAAGAGCGACGUCGACAUGUCCCGUGGGCUCGACUUCACUCCGCGUGGCCCUGUGCUCGUUCGCUUUACUCACUUGAAUCACGCCGAUUUCGUGUACACCAUCGUCGUAAACAAUCGUGGCAACACUCCGCGAAGAGGAACCGUCCGCAUCUUCCUCGGACCCAGGCAGGACGAGCGCGGACUGCCGCUUCCGUUCAGGCAACAGAAGAAUCUGAUGAUCGAGAUGGACAAAUUCACCGUCACGCUUCGCCCAGGGCAAAACACGAUUGAACGUAAGUCGACGGAAUCUUCGGUGACCAUUCCUUUCGAGAGGACCUUCCGCAACGUGGAUCAGAACAGACCGACGGAGGCCCUGGCCUUGGACCAGUUCAACUUCUGCGGAUGCGGUUGGCCGCAACAUCUGCUCCUGCCCAGAGGAAACAAAGAGGGAUUCCCUAUGGAUCUGUUUAUCAUGAUAUCCGAUUAUAGCGGCGAUGCUGUUGAACAAGACGAGUCGCCGAGCUGCAGAGACGCCGUGAGCUAUUGCGGGUUGAGGGACAGAAAAUACCCUGACGCUCGUCCCAUGGGAUACCCGUUCGAUCGGCAACCUCGCGCUGGCGUCGAGAAUCUACCUCAAUUCCUUACCGGAAACAUGGCCGUGGCUGGAGUGACCGUUCGAUUCUCGGACACGGUUGUACCCAGAUCCGGAUCCGGUAGUGUCGGAAACUCGCUCAUGUAAUAAUCUUCCGUAAUAAGCACUCUUCUCGGAUCUUAAUGUUAAACGCUUGAACUUUCAAAGGAAGAUCAUUUACGCUUAGCUUUAGAUAUAAAUAUAACGAGUCAGUCUUGACAAAUAAAGUAAGAUGCAAAUAUAAAACGGAAAAAAAAUCUAAAAUCUUAUCUUGAAUUGUAUGCUGAUUAAUGAUCAAUAAUCUGAUCAAUAAAUAAAUGAAGACGAA